AAUAUGGAUUGUUGACUGCUAACAAAUUUGCAACGUAACAAAAGUUUAUUGUGAUUUGUACGCACUGUGGCUGCUGUUGUCGUUUGUUAGACAAAACUGGCAUUUCCAGCCAGGGCAUUGCUGAGAAAACACUCCUGAUUGUCUCUGCCUUGAAAGGACAGUGUGUGGUGUGAUGGAUUACGCCAGGUCGCUGGGCAAACGUUUUGAUACUUAUCGUGUUGUUCAUUUGUGAUAUUGUCCGAGGAUGGAAACCCCCUGUGACAUUGGACUGUGAUCAUUUACCUACGAUAUUUAUAUAGCGCAUCGAUGUGGUGUAAAUUGGACUGGAAGAUUACGGGUACUAACAUGGUGAAAAUGCCAGGCGUAGGACAAACUCUUACCAAAAAGUGGAUUCAGAUGCUUGAUCAAUUCAUCGUCCUGAGAGAACAAAGAGGACUAUUCCAUAUUCAAGAUAAAAUGGCAGCUGUGAAAAAGGAAAUGACACAAUCGGAGCAACUUUGAAAGUGUUAAAUUCAUCCAUUGUGUUCACAAUCUAACAUUUAGCGACACACUCAGGAGCAGAGUAUCUCUGAGGAUUAUCCGUUGAUUCAUCUGUGACAACCAUACGUCCUCACAACACGAGUGCCUUACAGUUACUUUAACUGAGGAACUUGGUCAUAUCUGAUAUUUUCAACUGAAAGAGUUUUGCUAUUUUCAUCUGGAGGAGGUAUUUUCAAUUGGAGUAUAGUGAUGAUGUUUUUAUUCUGAAGGGAACGAGAUUUUGUCAAUGAUAUAGGAGUUUGUAGAUUUUCAACUGAAAAACUUUGAAUUUUUUCAACCAUAGGAAAGAAGUUUAUGUAUUGUGAGGAAUUUUGGAGAUUUUUAGAACUUUACAGACAAUCAAUUUGAGCUAAGAAUGAUUUCAAGAAUAUUAGACAAUUGUAAACAGUUUCUCCUUGAAGAAGCCUAUCUUCAUAUGACUGAUAAAAACUCUAUUGUUGUCCAUGAUGACUGGCAAGUCCAUCUAUUUUCAUUCCCGACCUCAUAUUUUCAGUAGUCUUGCCGAACUAUUUUCAGAUGCAGUCUUCAUACUUGAUACUUGAGUGGACAAUACGGGAUUUAGUACACAUUGUUUGUUAAAUCACUCCGUCCACACCAAAUCUCGUUCGUCCAUCUAUAAAUAGAUGCUUGGUAUCGCUGAUGCUUCGAAUGUAACAAAUAUCACAAAAGCUGGCCAUGAACUUGGAGAAAGCUUCUAACAUGAUUUGAAUACCUUCUAUUGACAUUAAUCUUACAAAUAUCACACAACUGCCCGUUGCUAGAUAUUCAAAAUGGCUGACAACCCAAAAAAGCAAGAUGUUGAAAAUGGGAACGCAGAUGUCACAGAAAAAGAUGGGAUAGAAAUGAAUGUGCUGAGUAACGCGAAUGGUACCAAGAGGGUCGGCGUGGAUGAUGUCGAUAAUAUCAAGUUCACCCAGAUGGAAAAUGUCGACCAGACAUCAGAAGAAACCGAGGGAGGACAAUCAGUGAACCAGCGCGUGAUUUACCUCAACCGCGCCCAGCGACACAAGUUCUGUAAUAACAAGAUUAGCACUGCCAAAUAUAGCUUCAUCUCGUUCUUGCCGAAAUUCCUGUUUGAGCAGUUCCGCCGAUACGCCAACAUAUUCUUCUUAUUCAUUGCUUUACUUCAGCAAAUUCCCAAUGUCUCCCCGACGGGACGCUACACAACAGCUGUGCCACUUCUACUUAUCUUACUCGUCUCUGCCAUCAAGGAAAUUAUUGAAGAUUUUAAAAGACACAAGGCAGACACUGGUGUGAAUAAGACGGAGGUGCAAGUGAUACGUGAUGGGUCGUGGGAGCCACUCAGAUGGCAGGACGUGUGUGUAGGUGAUAUUGUCAAGGUGGUCAGUGGACAGUUCUUCCCCGCAGAUCUGCUGUUGAUAUCAUCUAGUGAACCUCAGGCCAUGUGUUACAUCGAGACAGCCAACCUCGACGGAGAAACGAAUCUUAAAAUCCGCCAGGGAAUAAAAGAUACGGCCGGGUUGCUGACCCAUGAGGAUCUAACGCAGCUCGGUGGCACGGUGGAAUGUGAACUUCCUCAUAGACAUCUGUACGACUUUGUCGGCAACAUCAGGCCGUCUGGCAGAAUGGCAUUCCCGGUUGGUCCAGAUCAGUUAUUACUACGAGGAGCAAUGUUACGAAACACUGGCUGGGUGUUCGGGGUGGUCAUCUACACAGGUCACGAGACGAAACUCAUGUUGAACUCAACAGCUGCUCCACUAAAAAGAUCAACAGUUGAAAAAGAGACUAAUACACAGAUUCUGCUUCUCUUCAUGAUAUUGAUUAUCCUGUCGUUGAUCUGUACGGUGGCGAGUGAGGUGUGGACGAGUAAACGUUGGAAGACAGACUGGUACCUAGCCUUUGAUGAAUUAGAACCGAGUAACUUCGGCUACAACCUCCUGACGUUCAUCAUUCUCUUCAACAACCUCAUCCCCAUCUCUCUGCAAGUCACACUCGAGGUUGUUAAAUUCAUCCAAGCAAUCUUCAUCAACUGGGACAGUGAUAUGUAUGAUGAGGUGUCAGAUACGCCCGCGAUGGCUCGCACGUCUAAUCUCAACGAGGAGUUAGGACAGGUCAAGUAUAUAUUUUCCGACAAGACGGGAACUCUGACAAGAAACGUAAUGGAGUUCAGGAAGUGCAGUGUAGCUGGCACCGUCUAUGGGAACAAUGAGGAAAGCAUUGCUGACUUCAACGAUGACUCACUCAUCGCCAGCAUGAUGGAGAAGAAACCAGGCGCGUACGCCAUCCGGGACUUCUUGACAUUGAUGGCAAUAUGUCAUACGGUUGUACCAGAGAAAACGCCCGACUCAGAUGAGAUUAUUUAUCAAGCUUCAUCACCAGAUGAAGGCGCUCUCGUCAAGGCUGCAAAAAAACUUGGCUUUAACUUCACGACGCGGACGCCGGAUAACGUGACGAUAGAAGUGAUGGGUAAGCCGGAGACGUACCAGAUUCUCAACGUGUUGGAGUUCACGAGUACGAGGAAGAGAAUGGGUGUUGUCGUGCGGGUUCCCGCGGGAAACAUCAAGCUAUUCAUCAAGGGAGCUGACACUGUCAUAUAUGACCGUCUCGCAGACAAACAACAAGUAGAAGAGACCACGUUACAACACUUGGAAGAGUUUGCCACGUCUGGCUUGCGAACGCUUUGCCUGGCAUGCGCCGAGAUAUCAGAGGAGUUCUAUGAUGAUUGGAGACACACGUAUUACAAGGCCAGCACCUCGUUACAGGAGCGGGAGAGAAAACUGGAGGAGGCUGCUGAGCUCAUUGAGAGAAAUCUGACAUUGCUCGGUGCGACAGCUAUAGAAGACCAGCUCCAAGAGGGUGUACCAGAGAGUAUAGCGAACCUAGCCAAGGCCGAUAUCAAAAUAUGGGUACUUACCGGAGAUAAACAGGAAACAGCCAUAAAUAUAGGUUAUUCAUGUAAACUAAUCACUCAAUCCAUGCCAUUGCUGACCAUCAAUGAAACAAGCUUAGACAGUACCAGAGAAACCUUACGAAGUCGUGUCAACGAGUUUGGAGAUCAGUUGAAGAAAGAAAACGAGGUUGCUCUCAUUAUAGACGGCCAUACGUUGAAAUAUGCGCUAGCCUGCGACUGCCGCCAUGAUUUCUUAGAUAUAGCCCUCUCAUGUAAGGCAGUCAUCUGUUGUAGAGUUUCUCCGUUACAAAAAGCUGAGUUAGUCGAACUGGUCAAAAGCAAAGUGAAGGCAAUAACGCUAGCCAUUGGUGAUGGAGCGAAUGAUGUGGGUAUGAUCCAGGCAGCCCAUGUGGGGGUUGGUAUCAGUGGCAUGGAGGGGCUGCAAGCUGCGUGUGCCUCAGACUAUGCCAUUGCACAGUUCCGUUUCCUGAACAAACUCCUUCUAGUCCAUGGUGCCUGGAGCUAUAUCCGACUCUGCAAGCUAAUCCUUUAUUCGUUCUACAAGAACAUUUGUCUGUACGUCAUCGAGUUGUGGUUCGCCAUUCAGAGUGGUUUCUCUGGACAGAUUCUCUUUGAGAGAUGGACGAUAGGUUUAUAUAAUGUGAUUUUUACUGCUACGCCGCCAUUAGCGAUCGGUCUCUUUGAUAGAUAUUGCAGCUCAGAGAGUCGAUUACGAUUCCCGGCGCUAUACAAAGCAUCGCAGAACGCUGAGUUAUUCAACGUGCGUGUGUUCUGGAUGUGGAUUAUAAACUCUAUAUACCAUUCCAUAUUAUUGUACUGGUUGACCAUGUUAGCUCUCAGGCAGGAUAUUGCCUUUGAAAAUGGUAAAGUUGGAAGCUACCUUUUCUUUGGAAACUUUGUUUACACAUACGUCAUCAUUACUGUGUGCCUGAAGGCAGGUCUCGAGACUAAUGCGUGGACCUGGUUGUCUCACCUGGCGAUCUGGGGCAGUAUCAUAAGUUGGUUCAUCUUCCUAGCUAUUUACAGUCAUGUCUAUCCCACGUUUGAUCUGGGGCCAGAGAUGUUGGGAAUGGACAUGUACGUGUUCAACUGCCCUAUUUUCUGGAUGGCGUUGGUGUUGAUACCGAUCGCGUGUUUAGUACGAGACUUAGCUUGGAAAGUAGUUCGACGAACACUUUUCAAAACGCUGCGAGAGGAAGUUCAGGAACUCGAGAUAAAAAACCAGGAUCCUUCCAAGGUGGUAUUACAGGCAACAAAAAAGAGAUUAAGAGUUUUAGUAUAUCGUGCAUCUUCAUUGACGGAGACUGCACGUCUGCUGAAGAAUGUAUUCAGCAGGUCGUCAUCAAGACUUCCCCAGGGCCAAACGGAACAGCAACCUCUUUUAGUGCGAUAUCAGAACAAGUCUGACUGCAGUAUCUCUGUGAUCUAUUCCCAAGAACAUUACGGGUACGCUUUCUCUCAGGAGGAACAUGGAGUUGUUAGUCAGGCACAAGUUAUACGAGCCUAUGAUAGUACAAAAGCGAAACCAGAGGGCCUAUAGGACUCUGGACAUGAUUGAGAUGGUACCGAGCCAAUAUACACUAGAACUAGAAGAGACGUUUUGGCUAAUGAACGACAACCGAUGCUGACACACGAUUAGACACAGUUUCAAACUUUUGGAAACCUAUAAGCGGGAAAUAAACAAAUUCUUUAGCAGUUCUGGAAUGUGUUAUCUUUAAAAGUGAAAUGAACAAAUUCGCUAACUUGUGUAAAAUUGGACUAUUUUGGUGGAAAAUGAGAAAUGCUCUGACCAAGUUUUGAUAAAGCUGAGUUUAGAGAUUCUGUUUUGAUUUGUGGUGUCAGCUUUGAGGCGUUGGGUACUGUUGAACAUCAUUCCACCUUGGAAGGAGAUUUCAUCAUCAUUAAAUAUCGAGGAAGAAGAGAACAUGGUCGUUCUGGAGAAUUUUUUUAAACUUUACUGAUCUUCCAAAAUAUGGGAACUAUAGCUUGGACAAAUCACCUCCUCUGGGUUGAUUUUUCUAAGAUUAUAGAUAUUGUAAAGUAAACAAAAUACAUAUUCUAUAAAUAUACUGCAUUCUCCAUUUUCCCGUCGUGGAGCUUUCGCAUUCUAGUUUGUGCCAUGUUUGUCCUGGUGUUUCAAGGUCAAUUUUAGUCAAAGUCAUUUGUAGUCAAGGUCAUGUGAUUUGACUUUUGGAGUUUGAAUUUGAAUGUAACCUAAACAGCUGUGAAAUGAUACACAGUCUAAAGAGAUGAAUUGGCCCUUGGAAGGAAGGAAUAGAGAGGCCUUACAUUGUGGUGACUAUCUGAAAAUGAAAAAAUAGCGAAGACAAGUUACACAAACAUUUCCGGUUUAAAGUAUAUGGAUGUUUGUGCUGUUCAUUUUGGUUCACCCUGUAUUACUAAAUAGUCUAAGUCACAUGACUGUUACCAGUCAGAUUUAUACUGGUUUUAUUGUCUCAAAUCUAGAAACAAGUCACACAGCUGAUGAUCUAAUUAUGUUAAUGAUAUGUGCAUAUGUAAUGAGCAUUUUCAUGGAUGUGCAAUAUGUGAGCAUUUGAUUGGAAGGAGUUCUCUGCAAAGCAUUUUAUCAACACAUUGAGUCCAAAGAACAGAAGUCACCCUUUGGUCAUUAUCUAUCAGUUCCAAUGUGGGUUGACUCUAUUGUGAAUUAUUCAAGAUUACCAUGCAUUGUAGUUAAGCUGUUUUAACUUCCAAAUUUGGCAAGUUCGUAAACAAAUUAGAAAAAUUACCCAAGUUUCUGAAAAUACAUGUACACAUAUGAAAUUAUUUAACGUAUGAUACAAAACUUUAUUUUUCAUAUUGCUAUAAUAUGUAUAUCUAUGUACGAUAUGUGUAUAACAAGUUCUGUCACCACCCCUACGACUUCAAGUGGACUCUUCCUCCUUGUAGAUUCUGUUCUGAGAUGGACAAGUCCAUUUGAAUAACUUGGGUGUGUCAAGUACUAGGGUGUUGUGUUUGAUGGUCGCACCAUAUAGUGGAGUGUGGGCCUAAUUUUUUUUCAAAGUUUUAAGAUUGCUAUGUUAAACUUUGUAUUUGAAAACUCGGUUUCUGAAAACCAUUACUAGAAAGCACUCAGAUUACAUGAACUUGUGCUAGAAAAGCCUAGUAGUAAUGCAUUAUCGAGGACACUUAGGCCCUUUUAGCUUAAGGUCAAUAAGUAGCCUAGUCGCGUGUAAAAAGUUCCUUCAUCUUUAGGUCCUAUCUGAUGUCUAGGCCCCGACCAUUUCACCACCAAAUGUUCAGAACUGUAGAAAGAGGAUUUAUACUAGCUUUUGCUGGCAGGGAAAAAUCUACUGUCCAUACCAUAUCAUAUUGUAUGAUGAUAAGAACUGCCUACUUAGAAAUGUCUUGAAGCAGAGGUUGGUCCGUAGGUUUUCCUCUUGCCUGUGUGUAGUUUAUUGAGUGUCAAUAAUGUAGAUACCGGUAGCUUGUAAAAAGUACAACGUUCUUGUUUGUUUGUCUGCUGUCUUUGACGGUUGUUAUGACGAUCUUCAUCUUUUCGUAUUGUCCUGUUUUGGUUUUGGUUUUCGUUGACGUUGCGACCUCGGUCGUUAUCAGUGGAAUUUCAUGGAAACUAACUCUCUAAAUGAAAUCAAUUAAUGUUGAAAGCAAUGAUAAUCAGUUUAAAUGUAGCUAAAAAAGUUCUCAAGCAUCACUCAUGAAUUUCCUGCAACUUGACAUUGCUUUGUCAACUGUGCCACCAGAAUAUACAGGUACUUUUGCAGCAAAUAGAAACUUUGAAAUAACAAAAAGUGUUUAACGUUGUAAAUUUUUUGAUAAUAACUAAUGACAAGGUGAUGAAUUUGUGGCACAUUCCUUAGGGAGAAGACUUUGAAAGCAGCAUGUCGUGUGCUAUUUUAUAACCUAGUUGAGCAGGUAUCUCUUCAGAGACAAAGCCAUGGGGACCAUAUGUUGGCCAGUCAGUUGAUGCCAGGGAGUUAUGUAACAGACUUGUUUGAAUCAGAGGUAAGGGCACUCUAAAGUGCAUCAUGUACCAGUAUGUAUACAUUCCCCAACCAACCUGGAGGUUAUAAUCUCAAGCAAAGCUGAAUAUGUCCAAUCUUUCCUAAUGUAUGGUACCAAGCAUAGCCCUAUACUGUAUUGAAUUGAACAUGUCCUGUUCUGUCACAGUAACACAUGUAACAGAUAGCCCUAUACUGUAUUGAAUUGAACAUGUCCUGUUCUGUCACAGUAACACAUGUAACAGAUAGCCCUAUACUGUAUUGAAUUGAACAUGUCCUGUUCUGUCACAGUAACACAUGUAACAGAUAGCCCUAUACUGUAUUGAAUUGAACAUGUCCUGUUCUGUCACAGUAACACAUGUAACAGAUAGCCCUAUACUGUAUUGAAUUGAACAUGUCCUGUUCUGUCACAGUAACACAUGUAACAGAUAGCCCUAUACUGUAUUGAAUUGAACAUGUCCUGUUCUGUCACAGUAACACAUGUAACAGAUGAACCAACAGGAGAACGAUGGUGUAGGAAGGCUAGAGUUGAGUUUAAGACAGUUUAGCUUUAAAGAAAUGCUCUUCCAAUAGAGUGACAGGUCUUUCUAAGUAUUUUACUGUGAAUCAGAACGUUCCUCUCUUAGUUGUAGAGCUGUUACACAAACAGUGGCAUGAGCCGACUUCUCCUGUGCUAUACCAGUGCAUGUCUCUCCAUUAUAGUGUAUAUUAUGAAUGUAAUGUAUUCAACUAUAAACACCACUCUUGGUGGUGUGAAACGAAGAACAAAUUAACUGUGAAUGUGAUGGAUAAUAAACUAUGGAAAUUCUA